AUGGCAUCACUCAACUAUUUUCUCGACAGAACAGAGCAAUCAAUCCGUUCAAUACAAUCACAGACGUUUGCGUCUCCUGGAAUCUUUACCAAUGCUGUAGUCAAAAAGCCCAAUAUCAUGGCGCUUCUCAAGGAUCCAACUUCAGACGAAAGAUCGCUCUACAAGAUCAGCAAACCCAGAAUGAAGACAACAAAAGCAAGCACAGAAAUUCGCCGCAGGAAAAGAGCAGCACUUGCUGACGAAUUUAUGGAAAUUAAGCCCGAAAGAGUGGAUGGCAAAUCUACAUAUGUAGAUCGUAGUUUUUAUGGAGUGGAUAAUGCAGCUGAAACCAAUGAAGAGAAAGAAGAAGUUGUAAAACGCACCGUUGUUCAACUACCAGAAUUGAGUUACGAUUUUCCAGCCAUAAAUAAGAAUGUAACUCAUUCCAAUGUUCCUUCUUCUCCUACCAAAAGUGGUAUUCCUACUUCAAACGCUUAUUUUGCGUUGCUGUCGCCUGAAGAAGCUGAUCCUAGUAAAUUGAUAGACCAGGUUUUGACUUUACUUCAGAAGUACCCUACAUUGAUUGUCAAUCAGGAGGGUAUCAUGGAGAAGUUGAAUGCUCAUCAAACUGACUAUGUGCAAUUGCAAGAACAAAUCAACCAGUUGGAGAAUGAAAUUGAAACACAAAAGAAACAAUUGAACAUCUUGAAUAUCAACUAUAAUGACAUCACGAGUCCCAUUCGCUCAGAGUCCAGUGGACACAUGAGAACACGCGAGAGUUUUGAAGACGAAAUCGAUAUUGAUGAGUAUAUAGCCAAGGAAGAGCAGGAGAUAGAGGAGCUCGAAAACCAGCUAAAUGAGAGACAGAAAAUAUAG